UCCUUUGUAUUUUUUGUUUGUUAAUUGGUAAAAAGAGCUGAUGAUAGCUUUGGUUAUUAGUAUUAGAGUUGAUUGCAACGCAUCAAGAUGAAUUUAAAGCUUUUAUUUCUGCUAGUAGCAGGUCUGGUGAUAAGUACUCAAUGUGAACCAUUGAGAAUUGAACCCUAUACUCCAAAAAAUCCGUCGUAAAAUGGUCCUGCUCUAAGUAACGGACCUCAAGAAGUCGGCCCUAGUUUUAGAUCUCGCUCAGAGCUACUAUAUGGACAAAACAAACAAAAUUAUGGCUCUCAAGGUUCUUUUCCCGGCUCUGAAACUUAUAUGGGAGCAACAUCUGACACCAGAACUUCAAAUUAUGAUGUCCAAGGCCUUUUCUCUGAUUUAAGGUCGAAUCGAAGACCAAUAAGUGGAUCUGGAAGUCCUAAUUAUGAUUCUCGAGGUUUUUAUUCUAGCUCUGAAUCUAAUAUGGAACCGACGACUGAAACCAGGAUUCCUAACUAUGAUUCUCGAGGUUCCCUUCCUGAUUUCGGAUCUAAUUUGAUACCAAUAUCGUGGCCGAAUACUAAUCACGGAUCUCAAAGUUCUUCAUCGAACUUUGGAUCGGAUCAAGGACCGACAAGUGGAUCUAGACCUCCUAAUCAGGACUCUCGAGGUUUUCAUUCUGGCGGUGAAUCUAAUAUGAGACCGACACCUGAAACCAGAUAUCCUAAUUAUGAUUCUCGAGGUUUUAAUUCUGGCAUUCAAUCUAAUAUGAGACCAACGCCUGAAACCAGAAAUCUUAACUAUGACUCUCAAGGCUUAUUCCCUAAUCACAACUAUAAUCCAGGGCAAUUAACUAGAACUCCUAUCGCUCAAUAUCCGACUUAUCGUUCUCCCGAUUCUUAUUCUGAUUACGAAUCUGAUAACUAUCCAGGAAAGAAUACUGUUUCUAGAAAUACAAAAGGAGAGGUUGCUUUCAUUGCCGACACUGUCCUCGAUUCUGUAUUGGUUGUCAUGGAUAUUAUAUCACCCAAACGCCUACCACCGAACAAGUAUUUUAAUAGAACUAAAGCGAACCUUCAAUACUUCGCCGAUCAUCCAGAUAUUUUCGAGUCACAAGAUUUAUCUUCCAAUUAUAAUCCUAAUUAUAUGACGUCAAGACCAACUGAUUUAGAAUAUCCUGACGAUGGAUCGUCAGUUUCAUAUCCUGGUGUUGGCAACAAUUUUCCUGUAAGACCAACUGGUGCGGGAGCUCUUAACGAUGGAUUCCCAAAUUCAUAUGCUAUUUCUGGUUUCAAUCCUACUUCAAGACCGCCUGGUUCAAGAUAUCCGGAGGAUGGAUCCCUAAAUUCAUAUCCUAGUUCUGGUUUCAAUCCUACUUCAAGACCACCUGGUUCAAGAUAUCCGGAAGAUGGAUUACUAAAUUCAUAUCCUAGUUCUAGUUUCAAUCCUACCUCAAGACCACCUGGUUCAAGAUAUUCGGAUGAUGGAUUCCCAAAUUCAUAUGCUAUUUCUGGUUUCAAUCCUACUUCAAGACCGCCUGGUUCAAGAUAUCCGGAGGAUGGAUCCCUAAAUUCAUAUCCUAGUUCUGGUUUCAAUCCUACUUCAAGACCACCUGGUUCAAGAUAUCCGGAAGAUGGAUUCCUAAAUUCAUAUCCUAGUUCUGGUUUCAAUCCUACCUCAAGACCACCUGGUUCAAGAUAUUCGGAUGAUGGAUUCCCAAAUUCAUAUGCUAUUUCUGGUUUCAAUCCUACUUUAAGACCACCAGGUUCAAGAUAUCCGGAAGAUGGAUCCCCAAAUUCAUAUUCUAGUUCUGGCAUUAAUCCUACUUCAAGACCGUCUGGUUCAAGAUAUUCUGACGAUCGAUCCCUAAAUUCAUAUCUUAGUUGUCGUAACAAUUUUCCUGUAAGACCGAUUGGUUCAAGAAUCCUCGACUAUGGACCAUAUUCAUAUUCUAGUUUCAGUUACGAUCGGACUUCAAGGCCAACUUGUUCGAGAACUAGCUAUGAAUAACAAGAUCCAUUUCGUAGGGUAUCAGCACCUAAAAGUGUUUAUCCUUGUCAAGAUCAAGUUAGUUUAAAUGGUAUCGGAUCGUCUAGCAGUUGGGUUCAAAUUAUGAAACUCCGACACUCACUAAACAGAACCGAUCAUGCACAUAAUUAUUUAUGACGACCUCGAAACUACGAAAUGGUUAAAUCAUCUUUUAGCUCAACUGCAACUAAAGAGUGAUAACAUUGAUUUUCCAACUCUGAUCAAAAACAUUGAUUCAUAAUUCUAAUCCAUCUUAUGACAUGUACAGAUUUAAAAAUUUUGACGAUCAUUACAAACAUUAUUUUCAAAUCAGCCCAGCUAUGAAAUCAUUGUAUGGCAAAUAAACGUCAGAUUUGCCGAAUCUCAUAUAUUUGUUCAUUGUUUAAUAAAUUGAUAACUUUCUGUCAACAUUAUUCUCAAUAAACUUGUUCAUCAUUACAAAAAUGUGUUAAUUUAUUCCAAUUCCAAAUAUUGUUACCUAUUGGACAUAUGUACUAUCUACAUUGCUCCCAAUAAUUAUUCAGGAUUCUAUUUUUCUGUUUAUUAAUUUUAAGAUCUGUCCUGCCAUUUUUUUCUUUCCAUCAAGAGUCAUGCCAUCAUUUUCUCGUUGCUUUUCUUCCAAUAAAUUCUUACGAAAUCAUAGAAUUUUCGUUAAAAAUACAGUUGAACAUUAUCUUGGAACCUCCCUCCAAUCUUGACCCUCACGCUGUUUCCCACCUGAUGAUAUACAUUUGUGUAUCUUCUAGAUGGUAGCCAGGGUCUAAGGGUCGGAGCCAGUUCCGGCCCUAUUAUAGGUGAAUUUUAGCGACAUGGCGCUACCCAAUUAGUCUGUAAUUCAGGUAGAAUUCGAUUUAGGGGGCCUCUGAUAUGGCCCCGGUUGGCCAAAGAGUGUCAAUUAACACACAAAUAGUGUGGUAGAUGGCUGUAGGGUGACUUAAAUAUUCGCACUUGAUUUUCAAGUCGAAAAUCAAAAACGCACUGUUACAAUCUGUAUCUUCAGUCUUCAGCAAGUCUACAUUAUCUUGAAUGUCUGAAGCAAGAUACUACCGUAAAAUUCGUUAAGUGAAUUGGAAAGAAUCCUUUACCUUAAAAAAUUAUACACCUAUUUGUUAUUAGGAACGCCACUUAUCAUUCAUUACUAUGUUUAAAUUUAUUGUUUUGUUGACUUUGAUAUUGAAAACUAGAUGUCAAAAUUUCCGAUCAAUUUGAGAAACAUUCCAAAUGUAUGACAGAAAAUUUACAUAUGGAAAUUGGGCGCUAUUUAAUGAGUAUUUAUUUUUUGCGAGUUACUUCGCUAGAAGAUGUUAAGAAAACAAUAAAUUUUCGUAAAAUAACUAUUAUUGUAUGAAAUCAGUACAGUAAUGAAGAACUCCAUUUUGGCAAUCACUAAAUGCGAAAAAAAUCGAGAAUAACUUUGAGGCAAAGAAGUCAUUAAUUUAAUCGAUAAUAAAUUUUAUCGAAAUUGUAGUGGAAAAUUCCCAGCCGAUUGAUUUUGUGUUUUUUGUUUAUUAAUUAAUAUAAAUAGCUAGUUAUAGCUAUAGUUAUCGGUCUUAAUGUUGAUUGUGACGCACCAAGAUGAAGCUAAAUAUUUUGUUUUUGGUAGGUGUAUAUUUCUUUUUUUUUCACCAAUAAUGAAUGAUAUCUUAUGAGCUUUUGUGAACUAAUUAUUUAGUUUCAUUAAUAAAGAAAAGAUAUUAUUGCUAUUUUUUUCUGUAGCUAAUAGCAGCUAUAGUGAUGAGUUGUCAAUGUAAUCCAUUGAGAAUUAAAGCCUAUACUCUACAAAAUCCGUCGUAACUACAAGAUUCUAAUCGUAUAGAAUAGGCAUCUCUUCAUAUCUAUCCUCGUCGUCAUCAAGUUACACGGAAUGCUGGUGGCUGGGGUACUGAAGGCUGGGGUUCUAGCAGCUCGAAUUCUGAUUGGUAGGGUACUGGGAGCUCGAAUACUGAUUGGUGGGGUACUCGAACCUCGAAUACUGGUGGCUGGGGUACUAGCGACUGGUGAAGCAAUUAAUGUUAGAGUUAUGACACUUUAAAGCCUACUAAACAGAGCUGGUCAUGAAUAGAAUGAUUUAUUUUGACCAAGAUGUAGUUAAAUCAUCAUUUGGCUCAACUACUAGUAAAACGUCAUAACAUUUAUCUAUUAAUUCCAAUCAAAUGAAUUUAAUCAGAUUUCUAAUUCAUCUAAUAAUAUCAACAGAAUACUAAAUUAACACUAACGCUGCAAUAAUUUGUUCCAAAAUAGCUUUGCUGCCGGAUCAGCAUACAGGAAAAAUUACUCCACAUUAAUCUAAUUUAAUGACGUUGUUAAUUAUUUAAUAAAUUGUAAGCCUAAAAUCAAUGGCAAUUGCAAUAAAUUUGGUCACCAAUAAAGAUACGUCUCAAUUUUUUACAAUCCCGAAAAUCGAAAAAGAUUUGACAAAAUAUUUAUGUCGUUCCUAACAAUGAUUAAAGAUUAUUUAUCCGUAUUCAGCAAAUUCAAGAUUCUGACUAGCUUUUAUCUUUUCAACAAAAGUUAUGUCACAAUAAAAAAAAAAGAGUUAGUCAUGUCACAAACAGAAAUAAUUUUUGUCUGUAAUGCACUAAUUUAAAAAACUCCGAAAAAUUAAUUAUUUUUAUCGAUCAGGAUUUAAAAGUGUUCAAAGUCUAAUCUUGAUGCUUAUGAUAGUAUGGCAAUAUAUUUGUGAAGUAAUUACCAAUAAGAUACUAAAUGGAUUUAGAAAAAAAGACCCAAGUUAUGAAUUUAAAAAUGAAAUUCCAUAUAUCAGGGUACCAUUUUAGAAACUUAGGUAUUCUAGGGCGCUUUAAAUAUUUUUCGAUACAUAUAAUAUAUAUUUUUCUUUGUUGUCAUUGAAAUAAAUAAAAAAAUAAAAUAAUAAUUACAUACACCAAUUUAUUGGUAAAUUGAUUUUUUUUUAUCAAAACGAUAAAAAAAUGUAAUUUUAUUUGUUUUUAAUGUGAAAAAAUUAUCGAAUUUUUUAUUACAAGUCAUUAAUUUAAUGGGUUUUACGAAUGAUAUCCAUUUUUUAAUGACCUAGUGUUGCUUUAUUUAAAAAGGAAAAAAUUUAAAUUGUUAGUAUACAUUGUGACUUGUCAAAAUGCGUUCGAUUUUUAUAUUUGUAAGUAAAUUGCACAAACAUAUUCUAGUAGUAUUCUUAAGAAUAUUACACUUCGGAAUAAUUCUUAUAAGUUCCGGAUAUGAAUCAUCUGGAAAUAAUAACGCUUUUCGAUCUACUACGCUAGGUAGUUACAUUUACACAGUAGAGUAUAAUUUCCAAGCAGUUCCUGUCACUCCAGAUGAAAGUAACAAUGUUGAGAAUAGAAGCAAUGAUGUUGUUUAUAAUAACAAUCAAUACAAUGGCAACAUUAUGAAACCUAUUAUUGCUCCUUGAAUAAAAAAAAAAUUCUCUAUGAUUCGAAAAUUAAAUAAAUAAUUUUUAUUCAUAA